AUGUCAAAAACAUUUUUCUCAUUAUUCCGCUCGCCAUCAGUACAAAAAGGUUGUCGCUUGGCGUCAAAUGCGGCUCCAGUGGAAAACCGGCUGGUUCAUAUUGAAAACCAGUUUGAAUCUGUACCUCCACCGAAAAGAGAUAAGGAUGCUUUCAUGGGAGCGAUAGGUCAGUAUAUAUUCCUUUUUUCUCUGAAAAUUCAAUUCAGCAAUGUUCAAGGAAAAACGAGGUAGAGGCCACGUCGAAUUCAUAAAUUCUUCUUUGAAGUUCAUAAAGGAAUAUGGCGUUCAUAAAGAUCUCGACACCUAUAAAGCUCUUCUGAACGUUUUUCCGAAAGGAAAAAUGAUCCCGCAAAACACCUUCCAGGUAGAAAAAGGGUAGAAAAUUUCUGAGGGAAAGUAAAUAUUUUUUCAGAAAAUCUUUCUUCACUAUCCAAUGCAGCAAAACUGUUGCGUGAAAGUUCUAGACGAGAUGGAAUGGCAUGGUGAAACUCUUUCCGAGAUCUCUUCGAAACAUAUUUUUCAUUCAGGUGUUCAACCCGACAAAGAAAUCCACGAUAUUGUGGUGAAUGCGUUUGGAGAGUGGAAUUUCGCGACGAAAAAAAUCAAAAGGAUGCUCUAUUGGAUGCCAAAACUAAAAUAUUCCAACAAAUAUUUGGAUAGAAGGACGGUUGAAGGUAAUAAUGACUGAGAACCUUUUUAAAGUUUAAGUUUAAGGUAAAUCUUUGAGUGAUUGCGAAUUGGCUGGUGUCGCCUUAAAAAUGAUGAGUAGGGAUCCGGCCACAAACGUUUCACUAGUCAAGGUGAACUUGUUUCAAAAAUCAUAGGCAUUUCAAGAUUUUUCCAGUUUAAAAACGACAUCAUGGCAAACGAGUGGAUCGUUUUAGCUCAAAGUCCGAGUCAACAGCGACUUUUGAAGCAAUUGAACGCUGGGGAUGAGGUAAAAAAAUCUCAAAUAAUUUUUUAAAAUUAAGUAUUCAGGUUUUUCGUCGAUAAGUCACAAGUUUACGUUCAAGACAACUGCGUCAAAUUUAUUCAGUUAACUACAAGAUCUGCAGAGCCAUUGCAGGAAUUUGUUAAAGAAGAGGUUUGAAAGCGUACUUUUUGCUUUAAAGUUUUUUUGAAGCAACUAUGAUUUUUUUCAAAAUGAACCGGGCAAAUUCGGAUUUCCGUUUUGCCAGUUUUAAUCUUUUUUUGCUUAAAAUUUUGAUAAUUUUUUUCAAAAAAAUCUUCAGAAACAACACUUCUGUGCAAAAUUUCUCAACCUGAAUUUUAUUUUGACAUCGCUGAAUUUUCAUAAUUUUUAAUUGAGUUUAAAUUAAACCGUUAAUGAAAAAUUAAUUCGGAAAUUAUCAUUCAGAACAGUUUUUGGUUUCAAAAAAAUUCAGAAAUUCUAUUUGGAUCUCUAUGAACUUUUUUUCAACUUUAUUUUUGAAGCUCUUUAAAGCUGUUAGGAAAGUAUUUAAUGGAAACUAAAAUCUAAAACAUUUAUAUUUAUUUUUUUGAAUGAAAGAAUGAAAGUUUUAUGAAGACUUGAAAAAGCUUGAAAUUGGUUUGAGUAAAAAAAUUCAAUUUUUCAAACUUUGAUAAAUCUUAUCCAUGCUUUUUUUCAAAAAAAUAUAUAAAGCGUGAGUCAAGAAUACAUCUCUCUCAAAAAGAAAUAAGCUCUUAAGAUGGACGAAGAUUACACAAACUGGUACGAAGACUGGUUAAAACGAAGAGAAUCUUCGAAAAGAACCAUUCACGAGCAACAAAAUGAGGUCAUACUUGCCCUGGGCGCCAUUUUUCGGUAAUAUCCAACUUUCUACCUCAUUAACCUGAGAUUUUUUGAAGAUACGAUAACGAUACGGCAUUCCGAUGGGUCGAAGAGCUUCAGAAGACCAACAAAAACCUGGAAAACCUGCGAAUUCGUUUGAGAAUAGAUGGCAAGAGUUUGAUUUGA